AUGUCCAAGCUUAUCAUCGUCACCGGUGCCACUGGGAUGCAGGGAUCAGGCGUCAUCGACGCCCUGUCCGCAAACCCAGACUGGAAAGUCCGAGGUCUCACACGAGACACCAACAGCUCAAAGGCCAAGGCGCUCGUCCAGCGUGGUAUCGAGAUGGUAGCCGCCACCUUGGACGACCAGGACAGCCUCGAGAAUGCCUUCAUUGGCGCCAACGCCAUCUUCGCAGUGACCGAUUUCUACGAACCCUUCGCGAACGGGUUGUGCCCGGAAAAGGCCAUGCAACUCGAGUAUGAGCGAGGCGUGAAAUUGGCCCGUGCAGCUGCGAAGACAAGCACUCUCGAAACAUACUUCUGGAGCACCCUCCCCGCUGCGAGCGACUUGAGUAACGGCGAGGUGAAGGUCCCGCAUUUUGAUGGCAAGGGUGCUGUCGAUGCGUAUAUCAAGAAUGACCCGGUGUUGAACCCCAAGACGAUAUUUCUUUUGACCGGCUUCUAUGCAUCGAACUUUGGCUACCCGCCCUUCACCCCCAUUUACUCGAAGCCAGCAGGACAAUAUAUCCUUGCCCUCCCAGCCAAGCCUUCGUCUUAUAUUCCCUCGCUAGGCCCAGUGACCAACAUCGGCAUUACCGUCAGCGGUCUUCUGCAACACCCAUAUCCCAAGGCAGCGAGUGGUAGCAAGGGAGGCCGAUAUGUCCACGUCACAACGGGAAAGUACCAAGUCCAGGAAUAUUUCUCGAAAUGGGCGGAGAUUGCAGGGAAGGGGAAGCUUCAGGUUCUGUCAGUCCCAUUCGAGCAAUUUGAAGCGCUCCACGGCAUGUGGGGGACUGAAUUGGGUCUUAUGGUGAAGUUCUGGGAAGUGGCUGGAGCCCCGAAAAUGUGGGAAUCAGUUGGGGAGGGAGAUGUUAUGGUUGAUUCUCGUGAGCUCGAGGGCGUCAAGGAUCGUUUGGUCCGUGCUGAGGAGAUUUGGAGACAGGCAGAUUGGAGUUGGAUUUAA